AUGGCGAAUAGUCGUAACAAUAACCAUCAUACUACUACAACUGGUGAUUCUAAUGCUAUCAAUAUCGCUCGAAUUGUUAUUGUUGGUGCUGGUAUUUCUGGUUUAACAUGUGCUCGUAGACUAACACAAUUGUUGAAGAAACAAGCAUAUCAAAUUUUAAUUGUCGAAGCACGUGACAGAAUCGGUGGUCGAACGUUCAGUAUACCAGAGUUGAAUCUUGAUCUGGGUGCAUCAUGGAUCUUUCCAGAUCACACAGCAGUACGUACAUUAGCUAAUGAAUUAGAUAUCGAUAUGUUAGAACAGUAUGAAAGUGGGCUAUCACUUAUACAAACAAAUAGUAGCAAUGUCCAACCCAUAAAUAUGGGAAGUAUUCAUGGUGGUGUUAAACGAUUGAAAGGUGGUACAAACAGUUUAUGUACGGCUAUGGUUCGAGAAUUAACGAGUGGAAAGGAGUCGAACGUCAUUAUAAGUUUAAAUUCGCCAGUAGUGAGUAUUGAUUGCACAAAUGAUGGAAUUAUUACUGUCACCUUACGCGAUCAGCAUUCUAUAAUUGCUGAUUAUGUAAUACUAGCUUUACCACCGAGAUUACUCUUGUCAACGAUUCGUUUAACACCGACAUUACCAUCAACUGUGAUUGAAAAACUUCACAAAUGUGUGACAUGGAUGGCAUCAACGUGCAAAGUUAUUCUUAUCUACGAACAUGCAUGGUGGCGAAUGAGAAAUUUCAGUGGAUUCGCUGUUUCACGCCAUAGUAAAGCUCAAGAAUGGCAUGAUGCGAGCAGCGAAACAUGCAAUGCCCUAUUCGUUUUCUGUCUAGCCGGUACUACUAAACAAGAAGUCAUCGAUGAUACCGUGAGAAUGUUCGGUGCUGAAGCGGCUAACCCAUCAGCGGUCCACAUAGCAGAUUGGAGUACUGAAGUAUUUACUUCCACAUCUACUGCGGACGGUAGAGGUAGCCAUCCACAUCUAAGUAGUAUAUGUAGACAAGCGCAAUGGAAUGGACGAUUGUGGUUGAGUAGCAGUGAGGUGAGUGACGCUGACGGUGGUUUUCUCGAAGGAGCUGUGAGACGUGGUAUUCAAGUCGCUGAUCAACUGGCAAUGUUAAUAGAAAUAUAG